UCCACGUACACCCAUUUGUUUAUUUAUCGAUGAUCUAGACUAGAUGCCAGUGGCUCAUAUCACGGGUUCCCCUGUCAUCUUGACAUAUACUACAUGCAAUGUCUUCUUCCGUGGUCAUUUCAGCGGACAGCGGAAUCAAAUGGCUCGCAUUGAUGUCAAGAGGUGGGUCCGCGUUCGGUCUUUGGGCACUGUAUCGAGCCAUUAUGACGUGGGCUCGCCUCCGCAUCUGUUUGUUGGUUUGAGGGGGAACAGAUGAGGGGGAACAGAUGAGGCGGGCAGAUUGUAUGCUUAAAGACCAUUCAUUGCCGAAGAAUGGAACUUUGGGUUAGGUGCGCAGAGCGGAGUGAGCAAUCGACGGCGAUUCCGAGAUCGACCCGAAUAACUCCUGUCUCAUACAUAAGGCGGCCUCUUCUUCCAACUGAAUCUGCUCCUCACACUUCCUUCCACUUUCCACUCAGCAUUACUUCUAUCUUAAAUCUUCUCCCGCUUCCAGCGAGUAAUUCACCCUUUGCUCCCCACAAGCCAUGGUUUCUAGGCGCACAAUUUCGUUGCGCAAGACCAUUGCCCCCGCCAUAGUUCUUUUUGCUUUUGGCGGUGCUACAUUCAUGCUUCUAGCCCAAGAAUUCCUUCCCGCAUCACUUUCGCAAUGGCGAUCCGAGCAUAUGGGCGCUACUUUCACCCGCGCACGCUUCGGUGCCGGCGUUGAUGGAUCACACCAAAACAGCUUUGGACAUGCCUACGUCGACAACGUCCAGCCGCUUCCAAUACAUGGGCCGCCCAUUCCACCACCAUUGCAGCUCGACUACGAUUCCGACUCUCAGAGCCAAAAGCAACCCUAUGAGUUUCCUGCCGAUAUCCUUCCUGUCAAGACCGAUGUGGACAAGCAAGCGUAUUCGUGGAUUGAGCACAAUCAGAUCGCCAUGCGCGAGCUGUUCUCGUGCAUGGGUGCUGGUACUUGCAAAGAGAAUCAGACGAAUGUUGUACUGCUUGCGUCUUACCGUUUCGAAAUGCUCCUUGAGGGCCACAUCGGAGGCGAGGAAAUGUGGGCGCGGUCGACGGUCCUUGCGCUCAAGAACCUCGGCUACACAUACCUCUACACGUACAGUCCCGACCUGUUUGGUGCGGUCGCAUUCUAUCGUCUUUUCCCCGACUUGGUCAAGAUGGUCAUCAUGGAGGGCGAGGAGUCAGAAGUCUGCUUCGGCAACGAACGGUGUGUUCUCGGAUAUAAGAAUCCUUACGGAAUCCCUGCUUGGAAGAUCUUUGCCUUCUCUUUCUGGACCGGUGAGGGCCAUCCACUCGGUCGCAAGUGGACUUUGAGUCCUGAGCCGUAUGCUCUGGAGCAUUCGUGGUACAGCAAUAACACCUACCUCGGAUAUUCAGUCGAACCUGGAUGCAAGACCGUACCCUAUGUUCCUGCAUCCGAGCGUCCCAAGCAGAUGUACAUCCUGGCGAAACAUCUCAAGUACUUUGUUGCCGAGGAAAACGCUUGGCCUUUGUCUUUCUACGAUGAGGUUUCUACGGAGACAGGAGCACGAUUCUUGCUUGGUGCCGAUGGAUACGAACCGGCUGGGUUCCCGAAGAGCAUCGAAAAUGUUGGGUUGAUGCCCAAUAGCGAGUUCUAUAGGGUCCUGGCCAAUUCCUCACUCCUGAUAGGGAUAGGACUGCCUUGGACGUCGCCUACACCGUACGACGCAUUGUGUCUCGGAGUUCCUUUCAUCAAUCCCAUCCUCGGGUGGGAUAAAGCUGACCCGACUAAUCGCGACAAGUGGCAGACGCAACAAGGUCUGUUGAAGAUGUACGAUCCUCCUUACGUCUACAACGUCUUCCGGGACGAUCAGGAAGGCUUCAAAAAGGCUAUAAAGGAUGCCCUCUCCACUCCGAUAGAAAGGCAAGUCUGGUCUCGAUCUGUGAUACGGGGACUUGACUGCGCGCGCAGCUUUAUCCUUGAACGAAUGAAAAUGGGAGCGAUCGAAGAGCGGCUGGGCUCUAUCUUAUCUCAUGAUUGGAGGUCCGAGGGCGAAGCGGAGCUCAAGCAUCGGAUGGAGACCGGUGAAGGCGAGUGGUUCACCGUGUAACUCGAUUUCUUCGUGUUCUUUCUUGUGACGUUUCUUGGGCUUACUGUAUGUGGUGUAUAAUUAUAUCAUGCAACCUUGUACUAUUGUUAUCGCAUUCGUUUAUGUACCCCUUGCGCACGUUGAAGUGAUCCCGUCGAUGAUCACAGGUUCCUUCAGAAGGUGGUCGUUCUGG